AGCACUUCCUGGAGUGGUGUUUGUUGUGGGAAAUAAACGCCGCGGUGCUGAACUGAGGGGAUUCAGGCUACAUCCAACGGCAGGAGGACGGCACAAACUACCACACUAUCCCACCUCCAGCAGCAUGCGGUCGUGGCAGCUUUCGACCGGUGUCAGAUAAGGCAAAAGAAGUGACGUCUGAGACUGAGGAAGGACGAGGGGGAAAUAUUCCGAGCAGAGCCGCCGACAGCACGGAGUUGUCGCGAUGUUGUAGCUAAACCAUGGACAGCAGAAUAAAGGAGAAUCCAGAAAGAACAUUUGAUCUGGUUGUACAGGUGGCAUGUCCAACAUCUGAAAAUGAGGAUCCAACCGUGCUGUGGAGCUUCCCCCAGGACCACACAGACCAGGAGGUCCUUCAGACGAUACCAAAGUUCUGCUUUCCCUUUGACGUGGAAAGGGUUUCCCAGAAUCAGGUGGGGCAGAAUUUCACCUUUGUGCUGACGGACAUCGACAGCAAACAGAGGUUUGGUUUCUGUCGACUCACUCAAGGCUGCCGGGUCUGCAUAUGUCUGCUCAGCUAUCUACCAUGGUUUGAAAUCUACUACAAGUUGCUAAAUACUCUGGCAGACUACCUAACAAAACAACAGGAAAAUGACUUGAAUGACAUGCUGAAUUCUCUCUAUGAUCUGCCUGUGCCAAAGCCCUUCACGCCAGUCAACCUGAGUGUGAAUGAGCAGUUGUAUAUUGCCACUGGGCAAGUACUGAGAGAUCGGCGGAGCAAGGAGCCGCACUCCUACUUCAUCGCCCCGGAUAUCAAUGGACUGCCAACCAUCCCUGAGAGCAGGAACCUGACAGAGUACUUUGUGGCUGUGGACGUCAACAACAUGCUCCAGCUCUACGCCAGUAUGCUGCACGAACGGCGCAUCAUCAUUACCUCAAGCAAGCUUAGCACUUUAACUGCAUGUGUCCACGGUGCGGCUGCUCUGCUCUUUCCUAUGUACUGGCAGCACAUCUUCAUCCCUGUGCUGCCCCCGCAUCUUCUGGACUACUGCUGUGCCCCCAUGCCAUACUUUGUGGGAGUUCAUCUUAGUCUGCUGGAGAGAGUACGCAGUCGAUCACUGGAGGACGUGGUCAUUCUGAAUGUGGACACCAACGGCCUGGAGAGUCCCUUUGAUGACCUGCACAACUUGCCCAGUGAUGUGGUGUCCUCUCUGAAGAGCAAGCUGAAGAAGCAGUCAACAGCAACAGGAAGUGGUGUGGCGAGGGCCUUCCUGAGAGCGCAGGCCGCUCUGUUUGGAUCCUACCGAGACGCACUCAGAUAUAAACCCGGGGAACCAAUCACUUUCUGUGAGGAAAGCUUUGUGAACCAUCGAUCGAGCACCAUGAGGAGCUUCCUGUCCAUGGCUGUCAACCUGCAGCUCUUCAAACAGUUCAUCGACGGACGGCUGGCCAAAUUGAACGCAGGCCGUGGCUUCUCCGACGUGUUUGAAGAAGAGAUCACAGAGGGGGGCUUCUGUGGAAGUAAUUCAAGGUCUUACCAGCAAUGGAUGCACACUGUGAAGAGAGGAGGAGCACUCAUCAACACAGCUGUGACAAAAGCCAAGAGUCAUGCCAAGAGGGGCAUCCGGGACUUUAAGGGCAGACUCAAAGCGAGGGAAGAAGAAGAAGAAGGGAUGAUGGUCUGUGCCGGGUCUCCCACCAGCACCAAGAGCCUGUCUCCAAGGAGACUGCAGAAGAUGAGACGGCAAAACUUCAACAAGUAUCCCAUGAGCAUGGGCCCUCGGGAUCUUGGCUACGGGCUCGAUGAUGAUGAGCUGGACAGUGCAAGCAAGAUCUCCUCAGAGGAUAGCGGGGAUGUCCCUUCGUACAUCGAGGACAGCGACGACUCCUACUCACUAGAUCUCGACAUCGACUCCUCCCAUACAGGCCAGAUGAACCUGCUGGAGGAAAUCCUGGACUCUCUGACCACCACAACAGUGGAGCAAGGCAAACUGAGCGCUGCCAAGAGCCUGGACUUCUUCAGGUCAAUGGAUGAUUUAGACUACAAGACCCCGAGCAAACCCACACCUUCCAGUGAAUCUAACUCUGCAGAUGAUGUAGACGAGGAUCAGGGCAGCUGGAAUAUGGGCCAGGAUGACAGCGCAGUCCACGGAAAACACCUUCCCCCGUCCCCACGCAGGCAGCCUAAUAAGAGCAGCCUGAAGGUGUCAAAGAAACCGGCACCAGCUCCAGCAGUGCCCAACAUCACAGCUUCACCCCCGGACCAGGACACUGGUGUCGCCAGCUCACAUCAGCUCAACUCUGACCCUCACCCUCUACCUCCAGGGCGACAACCAGGAGACCGCUUCUCCUACUCACCGUCGCUGUCCCAUAGAGUUACACCUACGCUGCCAUCUCCCUCUCUCUCUCACACCUACAGUUCUCCAGCACCUAUUUCUCUCCAAAACUAUUCUCCUCCAGCAGGCCGGCCUCGGACCAUCUCAGAUCCCCAAGGGAACACAGAGCCUCUUCAGCCCCCCCAAAACCACACUGCCUCCACCAGCGUCCUGAGGAGGAAGGUGCUGUCCAAGGAGACAGUGAGGCACUACCAGGAAAAGGCCCUCCAGAGGCAGGGCAGCAAGGGCCAACAGGAGGGUCAGGGGAGCCCGUCCAGGAACAGCCAGUCAGCUAUGCAGGUCCCGUGGGAAAAAGAGGUGUCCAAGGAAGGGCUCCUUGGGCUCGGCCUGUGCCUGGGUCAGGGUAAAGGCUCAGGGACGGCUGUGGUGCAGGAUCAAGGCCUCCUGGAGGAGAUUGAGUCCAUGUGUUGCCUCGGCUCAGUCCUCCACACCAGCCUGCAGCUCUCACAGGUUCACUGCAACAACAGUCACCACCAGGUCCAGAGCAAAGCCACCGACGAGUCGUAGGGACAUCAAAGAAAAUGAAAAAUGCCAUAAAUUCUACUGAAAUCUACUCACCGUAGUUCUUUGAGUACAACUAGCCACAGUCUGAGAGGACAGAUCUUUUUUAAUCUCAACACUCAGUUUUCAGGAAACAUUCUGAACAAAUUUGAUGUCGCAAGGGCAGACACAAACAGCGAGUUACAGCCUCAAGAACAGAGAACAGGAAGAGAAAAGUUAGUGCACUGCAGAGCGCUCCGUUUUUUUAAAGAUAUCUGUGUAAAAUAGAGCCCUAAAAAUCAAAUUUCCUUAAAAAUCUGCCAGUGUAGUAAGAAUAUUUUAAUCUGUUUUCAAUAAAUGAGUACUGGUUUCUUGAUCUGUAUCUUGAAACUACUAAGAAUUUCAAAAACAAGAACUCCACAUAGUUAAAAAAAAUUAAUCAAAAAAUAAAAAUAAAAAAAAAUUUAAAAAACAAUGAUUUGCACUGGAAACACCUGAAAAAAUCUUAGUACAGUGGCAAAUUCUUUCAUUUCCAUUGCAAAACCUCUGAGUGAAUUGGAUACUCUGCUAAAGUGACAACAGCUUGUGAGUUCAGUUAGUGUUUAUUCUUUAUGACAAGAGAAUUAUCUUGUGCUUAGAGAGUAGCACUUCAAAAACACAAACUAAGGGCCAUAGCAUUGAGAUGUGUAGUGUGUUUUUUGGAGUGCAGCAAAACUCAAUUACAAAGUUACAAAAGCACCAAUGCUUGAUAAGAAGGACAUGUUUGCAGUAUUUUACUGCUCGUUAUAGUAUUUCUGUCUGUGAUCAUCUAAAUUUAUGGACAUGUAUUUUUCAUCUUGUAAUAUAUUCACAAUGUAAUACCUGAAAAAGACAAAUAAUUAAAUUCUUGGUGAAAUAUAAGUAGCCAGCAGGUACUGAGGAAAUUCUCCACCUUAACUUUACAGAAUUUAGAAACGGCUCAGAACUUUGUGAGGAUUAUAAGGGAUGACAUCUCUUCCACACAUCAUUACAACUUUAACCUAUUGUUCAAAACAUUUCACAUUAAAUUCAGAUUAAAUUUGCACUUGUAGAUUAACAAAAUGUACUCAGUCUUGGCCACGUGGUACUAAACCUUUUGAGCAAAAACAACAAAGUGAGACACUCAAGCCUUCGAAGCUACUUAUACACUGUGUGAUUUACAUUUUUUUGUUUUUUUUAUCACCAUGCCUUAAAUGGACAUGUGAUUUGUUUUGAUACUCUGGUGUCUUAAUCUAUUGAUACCAUAACAGGUACUUUGUAAUCAGAAUUUCUUGUAGUCUCAGACUUAAAUGCAACAGUUGAUAGUACUUAAACAGCACUGUAUUUCUCUGGAUUAAUAGAAUAGUUGAUAUAUAUGAUGUGCUUUAAGCUGCUGUUUUUAAAUAGCAUUCCAGAUAAUGAGAUGUGCAUGUAGAAACCUUCUGUCUCUCUCUCCUCUUCCUGUGUUCCUCCUCAGCACAUUUCUGUCACACUGAAGAGAUGCUAGGUUAAGUUUAAGUGGACGAUGAAAAGUCAGUUCUCCACAUCCUUUUUCUUUUUCUUUCUCCACCAUCAUCACUUGUCCCCUCAUGUUGUCUCACCUAAUUUUCUGCCUUUGAGUUGUUUCAGCACAUUUGACUUUCACACUCAACCUUUAAAAUGAUUGCCAGUUGUUUGGAGAGCUAAUGUGGUUUGGAGUGGGGUGGAAAAGGUGAUCUUAAAAAGAUAAGGCUGGUGAUUUUCAAUGUCUAAAAAAAAUAUUCAAAAAAUCCUAUAAAACAAUGCAUUAUGUACUGAUCCCCAAAUUUGUUCCUAUUAGAGAUAUUUUUAAAAAUGGAUCAAAAAGAUAUAUAGCUUCAGUUAAAAAAAAUAAAGACUCCUUAACAGCUGGGAACUGUAAAUGUUACUCAAAAAGGAGUAAAUAGUGCAUUUUCAGGACAUAUUUCCUGUUUAUAGGAUAAAUUAAUCACACAACUCAGUCUUUCUUUCUGUCUGUCUCCCUUUCUGAGAAAAUGCAAUCUCUGCCCCUCUAGGUUAGAGUCACACACUGUAAUGUAACGCAGUGGUAGAUGAUUGUACUGUAAUGAAGCAAUACGGUUCUCCUCAGAGAGUAGCUGCAUGGAUGUAAUGUGUACAGAGUCUAAAGUAUUUCUAUAACAGACUCUCCUGUGGAGAGAAACGCUGCAUCCAGAGAUUGUGGGUUCCCAUCGUUCUCUGCGUCGCCACAAACCCGGGGAAAAGAAGAAAAAGCUUUUUCAUGUGCUUGUGUUGGGAUUAUUACAUUUAUGGUUCGUUGUUCUUAUGAUUUAUGCCAGACGCCAGUCGGUGUGGCAGUUUAAUAGCAGCUAUUUCUCCGCUUUUUGACUGCUGCUCUGCGUUAACGAUUUGCUCAUAAAGUCUUUGGCGUGCUUCUAAAAGCCCAGGAAUCAGUCCUAGUAAUUCCAAAAAGGAGAAGGAAAAAACUCCAGAACAAACUCUGCACUGGCCUUAUGCAUUGUAAACACUUUAAAAAAAACUUAUUUACUAUGCAAAUAUGUAAGAAAUUAUCAAAAAAAAGGUCAGUUUUCUUUAACAAAUACAUUAAAAUGCACAAUUCUACUUGAAAAAUAAUCAUAAUAAAUCAAGUUUUGUGGUGGGACUAAGCCUCAUGUGUCCCCAGAUGAAUAAAUAAAUAAAAUCUAUUUAAUUGUGUGUGAGCACCAGAAUGGUGUGUGCCUUAUACAGUAAGAGUAUAAUCAGAACAAGGUACAGUAUUGUAGAAGGUGUAUGCAAUGUUUUCAGACCACCUUAAAUCACAGUACGGAACAUUAUGGUAUUUAUAUGAUAAACAGACCUGCUUUGGUCCUUACAAACUGACCUGAAAUGAACUUGGGUACUAGCAUUGUUUUUAUAGCCGUUUUAUUUUUCGGUUUGGGCUGCAGUCCAGCUGGAGUUACUCAGUGUUUUUCUUUGCUGCGGUGGUCGGCGGGAAUCUUCCUGCCUGUAUUUAAUACAAGAUCUUUGAAUUUCUCCGCUGGGUUACUUUUUGUAAAUUAAGUUCUCUCUUGGGUUGUACUAAUAGGUGAUUCUUUGAAUAGUUUGUGCUCUUUUUGUUCUCUCUCUUUUUAAACACUCAUUCUGAGCUAACUGCAUUUCAAGAUGUUUCUCAGCGGAGUUUCUCUAGUUGAUUUCAUACUGAUGAGAAAUUAUUUUCAACUGAAUAGACGUGUAUUUUUGCUGGCUUGAGUUUAUUUUACAUGGAUAAUAUAUGAUUGGUGUUUAAUGUUGUAAAAAAAAAAUAAAUGACACCUUAUAUUUGAAUGUUUUAGAUUUUAUUUUUGGAAGAAAAACAUAUAUAUAGAGAGAGAGAAUAUUAACAAAUGUCCCAUGUAGCCAUUCAUGUUCAGAAGCAUUUGACACCUUCAGAGACUGACGCUUGCUCGUUCCGGUACAAUGCUUAUUGUUGUAUCUGCAUGUAUGUACCUGUAUGUGUUUUAUGCUAUGAUUUUUAACCUUUGUUUAGUUUUGUGGUCUGUUCUGUUGGUAUUAAUUAUGAUUUCAGUAUUGAGCGCUUCCAUCAGAACAACAACAAUGGAUUUGGGUCUCACACAAUACACUCAUUCUGCCUUGCAUUGGGUAUUGUAGGGUUAAAUGUCAUCUGCCUUGCAUUUUAUGUAGAAGAAAACGUUGGUACAUUGGUUACUUGCUACUGUAAAUCGAACCAUAGAGGAUUGUGGUAAGAAAUACUUAGCAAUAAAGACAUGAUUGUCAGGGGAUUUGCAUUUAAAUGUCUGCAGGCUUGUGAUUACUAAGGAUUACUUGUGAUUACUCUGUUAAAUUUAGAGUGUAAAGGAAUACAAAAAAUGUAAUUUAAUUGUCCUGAAAUUACAAAUUUGGAGUGAGAGGUAGGUAGAUUAUGUAGCAAUGUUGACAGAGGUACUACGAAGUUAGAACACUCAACUUUCCAAAUAUAUUAACAUCACUUCCCUUUAACCACACAUUUAAAAAAAACAUAUUUUCAGUGUUGUGACAAGUUGGGAUGAGUUACUGUAAGCAGUUUUAUUUCUCAGUCUCUCUUCUGGGUAUUGUAAUGAUGAUAACUCUUUGGUAUUUUGGCAUUUACUGAUUUUCUGAGUCUGUGCACACUUGCAUGUUCUCACUGCAGAGAAAACAACAGUCUUCACCAACUGAGGUCAAUCUAACAGUAAUGUGCUAUUGAUGAGUAACUUGGUACAACUGCACACAAUGUAUGCACUGUGAACUGAAAAUAAAUUAUACUGUUUAAUGCUUA